AUGUCGACACUGUGGAAUCGGGGAGAAGUCAUAAGACAUAUGGAUCUAUCUUUACAGGAUGCAAAUCUUGAGGCUGAUCAAAUGAUGGUUGCUGUCCAAAACUAUCUGAAGAGAACUGGGCGUGAAGAGUGGGCUAGACAGAAUCAGUACACAUAUUCUCAGGUUACAAAAAUUACAAACAACUUCCGUAUAGUUCUUGGCAAAGGAGGGUUUGGUGUAGUUUAUCAUGGAGUUAUGAAGGACCAACAACAAGUAGCAGUAAAGAUGGUAAACCGAGCAUCCAUCUAUGACAUUAAACAGUUUACAGCAGAGGUUCAAGAUCUUUUAACAAUCCGUCACAAAAACUUGGUGAGCCUCAUUGGAUAUUGCGAUGAAGAUGAGCACUUGGCUUUAAUCUACGAGUUUAUGGACCAGAAGAUAACUGCAGUAUGGCUUUCAUGUAACGUAACAGGCAAGUUUGCUAAAGUCCUUAGCUGGGAAAUCAGAAUGAAAAUCUCUGUUGGAGUAGCACAAGGUCUUGAGUAUUUGCAUAGUCGGUUAGAAAAAACAAUCCACAGAUAUGUUAAGCCGACAAACAUCCUCCUAGACAGAAACUUUGAACCGAAACUGGCUGAUUAUGUGCUGUCUAGAUCUUCACCAACCGACCCUGAAACAUAUGCGUCAAACAAGAUAUAUCUUAAUCCUGGAAAGUCUGGAUACCUUGAUCCCGAAUACUUUAGUACAAACUGGUUAAACUACAAGAGCGAUAUUUAUAGCUUUGGGAUAGUUCUGUUGGAGAUGAUAACCAACCAGCCUGUGAUCAACAAUAAACGUGAAAGUCCUCUCAUUUCCGAGUGGGUCGAGGUCAUGCUCAUGAAAACAUGUUCUCUAGAGAUGGUUGAUCCCGAGCUUAACAAUAAUUUUGAGACCAGCACAGUCUGGAAAGCUCUGGAAAUGGCACUUGCUUGUGCACAUAAUUCAAGUAGUGAGAGACCAAGCAUGAGCCGGGUUGUUAUGGAGCUAAACGAGUGUCUUUCCUUGGAGAUGGCUCGAACUCAUGGAAGAGCUGGGGAGAUAACUCAAGAGACUCAGUGA